AUGCUAAGGUCGUGUGUUUACCCUGCGCGCCCUUCUUCCUUUCCUUUUCACUUACCCCUAUUUGAUGAUUGUGGAUUUUUCUUUCCAAUGAUUCAGAUCUAA